GCGAGUGCAACGCUGCACUCGGCUCUGUAGAUUCAAGAUACUAGUAUUGGCCAAUCACAACUGCGUAAGCAACAUAGCACACUCUCCUUGUUCCACUGAUCCAAAGCUCCGCUCACUCCGAGGUCCCAUGGGAUCCUACCACUACACCUCUACUUCACAAUUCGUCUUCGCCGCCGUCGAUUCCAACUCCAAGCCGCCCACAAACCCAAGAACACCGUACAAAUCCCCAUCACAUCUCCUUCGGAGGAGACUCAGGGGGAGAUCGCCAGGCGCGGCGGUGGCCAGCAAGAUCCAAGCGGCCUUCCGUGGGCACCUGGUCCACAGGCACGUCUGCGCCACUGACGCCGAGGCAUCGCGGCUCGAACGGAUGCUCCGAUGGCAGGAGACCGUGGACGCCAUCUGCGGCGACGAGCGUGAGCGCGCGCGGUUCUCGGAGGCGCUCAUGGUCGUGCUUCUCCUCCUCGACGCAGUGCCUGGGUACUACCCAGUCGUGCGGGACGCGCGACGAGCCGUGAGCCGCCGCGUGGUCGGUCUGCAAGAGGUGUUUGACGCCGUGAUCGUGGCGCCCGAGGCCCGUGAUCGUGGACGCUGCCUCGGCUCUGUAGAUUCAAGCCUGGAGCAGGUUCUUGAAGGGAUCUAG